UUUCACAAUUCGAGCAAACUUCGAAUCUCCUCGUCUCGAAUACCGUUUUUUGUCUCGAUUGGACAAAGUUCUAGAAUGCGAUUUGGAGACUAUUUCAAUCUCGUUCAGAAUCUAUUUCUGAUUUUGCUCGUCUUCUGUCCGGCGUGGAUUUUGUGCAAAGGAAAGAAAAAAGCAACCUAUGCAUCGGUAUCCAAGCAGACGUCUUCCGCCGAGCCGGCAAAAUCGGCAAUUAAGCCUCCAAUAACCGACCCAACACCGAGCGCGAUGGCCAAGGUGGGCUCAGAUGAGAAGAAAGAAGACCCAAAGGAUGAUAAGGGAGACACGAAGAGCCCGGUUCCAGAUGGUGGUGCAGCUGAUGCAAAACCGGUCGACCAAUCGCAGAAGCCAUUCCCCAAAUUCGAGAUGCCAACGGAGAGUAAGAAAAAGAAGAAGAUGGCUGAAAAUGAAGUUGAUAAGAAGGAGAAAAUGAAGAACGGAUUCUAUCAGGAAAAGUCAGAUGAAGAUGACACGCUUGAGAAAGUGGCUAGUCUGAAGGUCGAGCAAUCCGAUAAGACCAAGAGAUCGAAGAAAAAUAAGAAAUAGGUUGUAUGAAGGGCACUGAAUGAUGGGUGAUUUAUGAAUAAAUUGAUUUUUU